AUGGCGCGCGCGCGCUCGUCGAAAGGCGCAAACACUGCAUCUUCUGGCAAGCAAAAAACUGACACAAUACAGAAGAAAAUUGUAAGCCGCAACAAAGGAGGUAAAAAAGACGAUGACAAUACUGCCGGUGCUGCCAACGAGACACAGGAUCCUCGAGAGCCUGGAGAGAUUGAUGGAAGCGAACGCUCGUCUUCCCCCGAUCUCCCGCUCAAUGUAUCCAACCAUCACCCCACCGAACACGCUCCAGAGAGCGCCGGCAAGCGAUACGACCUCAUCCGUCGCGCGCCAGAGGAUCGUGUGACCUUCAAGAUGAUCCCGCGGUCGAUGGCAACUAUCAAAGCUGGUGCCGCUGCCAAACGCGCCGAGCAAGACGAGAGGACGAAAACCAAGGAAGACCUAGCGCGUGAGAAAGAGAGGAAGCGUGCGGAACUCGUGCGGCGGCUAGCUGAGUUGGACGACGAGAGAGCCGCUGAGGAGGAAGCCGAGGCGCUAAGUUUUGCGAGAGGGGAGAAGGCCGCUGGUGAGGAUGAUGGCGAAGAGGUCGAAGAGGUCGAAGGAGGUGAUGGUGAAGAGAGAGAGGCGAACGCCAGCGAUCAGGAUGAUCGGAUGGACGUUGACGUAUACGACGUAAGCGCUUCCUCCCACGUCGUGUUGAUCUGUUCUCACCCUCUCGGUUUCUUCCACGGUCCUCUAUUGCUCGUUCUGGCCGUCGUCUUUUCACAGAGCCUCGAUCAUCAACAGAACGCGCAACUCCAAGCUCCCAAAAGAGCAGGAAAACAGAAGAAAGGAGCCGAAAACCACGUCCAACAGAAGCAAGACGUCGACGCCGCCGCGGAUGAGUUCGCCGAAGGACCUAUCGUGCAAACACGCGGACGACGGGCUCCCCAAACUGUCAACGAGCAGCAACAGCGGAAUGGGAAUCAGAAUAAGGGCGGUCCCGAGAUCGAGGACGGAGAAGUGAGCAAGAAUGCUUUCCUAUUUGACGCAUCCACCAUUGCUCCCUCUACUCAAACCUCUUCCAUGCGCAAUUUCGCUUGCCCUGGCAUGACGGGUUCACAGACAUACGAAAUGUACGACGACAACGACGACGAAGACGACGAAGACGUCGAGGCGGACGAGAGCCAUCACGAGGCUCCGAAGAAGAAAAAACCGCGCAAGAGUAUCGACGACAAUGAUGAAUUCAUGGACCAGGACGAAAGUGAGUCGGAUGUGCCGGAAAAGCUUACCCGUAGACAAAGAAAUCGCCGGGAGGGCAAAUCGAUUCUCGGCGAAGUUGCAGACCAUCGAGGGCGCUCUGCUAGUGUGGCCCCACCAGAGUCUCGCCCAAAGGCUCAAACACUGGUGAGGUCGUCCACCGCCAUGAAAGGCAAGCAGCGAGCCACGACCGAGAGCGCCUUCGAAGACGACUGGGUGCCACCUCCACCCGUGCCACCCAAACGUGCGAGCAGUGCUCCCGGCGCCUCGAAGCCUCGUGUCGUUUCAUCACGAGGGAAAGCAACAAAGCAGAAGCCCGAAGUUGAUGAGGGUGAUGAGGAGGAAGAAGAGGAAGUCGGAGACAAUGAGGGGGCCGGUCAACGAGGUGGUGCGCGGAAGGUCGGGGCCAAGGGGAAGGGUGGGCGCGAUAAUGAUAGCGAGGUUGAGGUGAUCGAGGAGGAUGCGUUCACGGAUGACGCCGUCAAGCAGCGUCGCAGCGCUGUUGUGAAGAACGCCACUCGUCAAAGCAUGGCUGCUGUCGAGUCAGAUGACGAGGCUCCUGCUGCUGCUGCCGCUGCGAAACCUAAGCCCGCUGUGCGCAGUCGACGCUCUGCUGCUGAGAUGGGUGAUGCUUCUCGAGGCAGUGGCGAGCUGCCUGACUGGGCAUGCGAGAAGUGGUCCGCUAUAACGGCCAACGUUAUCUCGUCGUACGAGGCAUCUGAGAACCCCAUGAACGUUGACGGCGAAGACGGUCAUACAUUCACUCGUGCUCUCGAGAAGGCUGUCAAGGAUGCGUGUCCUCGGAUUGUGUAUCGGUUGGAGAAGAAGCGGAAGGACAAGGUUUAUACUCUGGCGUAUCAGGCAGUCAAGAAUUGGCAACGCGGGUUUCUUGACCGGGUCGCCAAGUACAUCGAAAGGGAACUAAAAGGUAAGAAGAAACCCCAGAUUCUUCAGUGGUACAGCAAUAUGGUUGGGCCGAAUGGUGCAGCAUUAUGGGCUUAUCCGGAUGAUGAGGUGCCCCGAGGCCUCUAUAAGUCUAAAUAUAUGCUUGUCGGUAUGGCACAUCAUAUCCGAAAGACACGGAAUGCUACCCGUCAAAGCAACAAAUUCCCCGUCGGCGCACUUCUCAUCACAAAGCUUGCAGUAACCCGGGUCUGUUCAAUGUAUAAGACCGGUAUCAAGGUGAAGAAUGCAUCAAAUUUUGGUGCAAACUAUGGAGAACGGGCUGUUGGUAACUACAAUAGUAAGCCCAUUCAGGACUUGCUGAAGGAUUCAAAGCGGUGUGAUGGGAUACUGAGCAAGGUGAAUGAGUUCAUGAAGGAGGAGAAGCGUGCAGAUGUGAAGGAGGAAGAGGAGGAUAUGAUUUAUGAGGACAUCGUUGAUCGUAGUAGCCCUCCGCCACGUGAUGACCCUUAA